AUGCACCCGAGCAGCCGCAGCCGCAGCACUGCAACGGCAACGGCAACGGCAACGGCCGACGCGCCGCUGACCGCCGAGCGCGCCAUGAUGGACCAGAUCCGCUACAAGCUGGAGCGCGCGCAGCGGCGACUCGCGCGCAACGCGCCGGGCAGCGUCUCGGCGUCCACGGCCAGCAGCAGCAGCAACUACAUCCCGUCGUCCGAGUACCGCAGCGCCAUGCACCGGCCGCCUGUGCGAAGUGUGCGCGUGGAGGACAUGGUAGGGUCUUCUACCUCCAAGAGCAGCUACGCGGUGGGGCCGCCCUCUACCAUACGGCACCACGGCCUACCGCCUCCUCCUCCGUCCUCUAGACGGAUGCCGCCGCCCCCUCCGUCGUCCAAGUAUCACCAUCACAAGUACCCACCGCCAGAGUCGAGGGUGGGGGGUUCUACCUCUUCUUCUUCGUCGUCGUCGAGACACUACGCGCAGCAGUAUAAGAGCAGGUCCAAGUACGCCCAAGGUAGUCUGCAGGACAACGCGGACCCUCUGAAUGGAGGACCCCCACCCAUGUCGUCGCCCUACCUGGUCUACUCGAACACGAGACCCCCCAUGACGGGGUCCUACCAUAGUAGAAGCGGCCGCGCGCCGGAGUCCAAGACCCCUCACCGAGAGGAAGACAACAAGGCCAGACACCGCGUGCCCCCCAGCUCCACAUACAGCAGCAUGAACCCCCCACCGUCGGCUUUGAGGUCCGGCGUGCCGAGGGCGCCCAGCUCCCGCGUGCGAUUCGAAGGACAUGAGAACACGAGGGAGUCCAUCGAACUGAAGGAGAAGAUGGAGAAGGAAAAGGAGAACGAGAAGAAGAAGGAGAAGGAGGCUGAGAGGAAGCUCCGACAGGCGCGGCAUUUGCGCCACCGAGAGCAGGAGAUCAACGCCCGAGCGAAGGGCGCGGGCCCGGCGUCCCCCAUUGCCGCGGCCACGCGUGGACGACGCUCCGGGUCGCUGGAGAACCCUCCGAGCUCGGCCAUCAAGCUCUCGGCCUAUGAGGACAUUGCGCAGGCCAUCCCGACGUCACCCGUGGGUCGCCCUCGACGCAGCUCCAUCAACAACCCGCCGCCCAAGUCGGACAUUAAGAUCUCGGCUUUUGACGACAUCAUCCCUCGUCGACGCGGCUCGAGUGGGCAGGACAGCGCGCCGAAAGCUGCUGAGCCGGAGCAGCCAAAGGAGGAAGAACCGGUUGAUGACACACCGGAGGUCGUGGACAUUGCGGAGGUUGCUGCGGCUGAGACAGAUGCUGAAGGACACUCGUCCGAGUCAGACAACCAGGAGACUGCAAAGCAAGAGACAGUCAAGGAGAAGUUGGCCGAACCGGCCUCACCGCCGUCGCCUGUAGCGGUGCAGACGCCAUUGCCGUCCGUGGUGCCGAAACCCAACGACCCAACCUUUAGCUCGGAAGACGAAGUUGAUGAUGGAGCGGCAGACUACGACUCAGACGACAGUCUCUACGAGCGCUCCGACUUCGACACGGACUCGGAGUACAUGUCGUCUGGCUAUUCGAUGUUCAAUGCUCACGUGCUGGAAGUGGACGUAGAAUCCGACAGCGAGGAGGAAAUUCUACCAGAGAAGCCAAUGAUUGUCAGCAACCAGGAGUCUGAAGACGAAGACGAAGAGGUACCUCCCCCUCCAGCAUCCGAGCUAUCCACCGUUGAUGAAGAAGAGGAUGACGAUGACCCCCAACCAGCGUCGAGGCUGACAGCGAGGGAUCUGGCUUUCUUAGCACUGGGGCGUGCCAGCAGCACCUCGUUUUCAGACUUCGGCUCCCCUGUUUCGUCAGCAAGCGGUAAGACCUCUCCAAAGCCCAAGCCAGCGCCCAUGUCGUACGCGCCAGCGUCGUCGGCAUUCCCGCGAUCCCGCGCCGGCCGUCCACCAGCCCCAGCCACCACAGGCCGUACGCGCGAUCGUGUGCCCCCUCCAUCAUCCACGACGUCGGUGUCCAGUUACGUUCGUCGAUCUCGUGCUCGGGCGCCCAUGGAUCUGAAAAACCAGCUACCACCGUCGAUUGGCGUGCUGUCGGGACUAUCGAGCGGUUCGUCCACCUUUGUGAUGGACCCGUCGUGCUUCUACGACGUGACGUGGAAGUCGGGCGAGUUUGCGUUCUCGGUGCAGCGGGUCUACACGGAGGAGAACGAGUUCGAGUUCGACGACCGGAACCAGGAGCCGCAGCUCUUCCUGCGCAUGCUGCUGAACACGGAGCGCAGCACGUGCAAGAGCUUCCGCGACGUGCGUCUCGGCGACGUGUUGAUUCGUGUGGGCGACUCGUACGUGUCGGACCUCGGUCUGGAGGGGUCUGGGACCGUGCUCACUAAGUUCUUCGCCAAGCUGACAGCGCAAACCCCGAUCCGACUCACGUUCCAGCGGAUGUGUCCGAACGACUGGGAAGGCGGAGUCGAGCUCUAA